UUUAUUAUUCAAUAUUCUCUAUAAUGAAUUUUUUUGGUCCUGUAACAUGCAAAAACAGGUAUAAAUCAUAAAUAUAAAAAUUCAUCGAGAUGCUCCCGGAAUGAUGCGUCAGUUUUUUCUGAGAAACAAGAAGACUCUUCGAGAGCAAAACUAUCUUUUAUAAUCGGAAUGAAAAUCACUUUCAAGGAUGCUGAUUAAUUCUUCAAUUUAAAAGUCAAGAAGAAAAGAAAUGACCGGAGAUUGGAGGACCAUUUUCGUAACCGGAGGCGCCGGUUAUAUUGGAAGUCAUUGCAUCGUCGAACUCUUGGAGUGCGGAUACAACGUGGUGGCAAUAGACAAUUUCGCAAAUAGCGUGACGGAAACCGAUGGCGAAUCUGCGGCGCUUAAAAGAGCCGAGCAAAUAACAGGGAAGAAGGUCACAUUUUAUAACUGCGACCUGCUCGAUAGAGAGAAACUCGAGACAAUCUUUAACAAGCACAAAAUAGACUGUGUAAUACAUUUUGCUGCUAUCAAAGCCGUCGGCGAGUCUAUGCAAGUUCCUCUUCAUUACUAUCGGAAUAAUAUAAUAGGCGCUAUUAAUUUGCUCGAGGUGAUGAAAGCGGCUGGCUGUUUUCAGCUUGUAUUCAGCAGCUCUUGCACAGUUUACGGCGAGCCUACAGAAUUACCGAUCACAGAGGAACACGAAACCGGUAAUAUCACUAAUGUUUAUGGCCGAACAAAAUACUUUAUCGAAGAGAUGUUGAAAGAUAUAUCUAGAGCUGAAAAGAAUUGGAACAUUAUAUCCUUGAGGUAUUUCAACCCGGUGGGCGCUCACUGUAGCGGACUGAUCGGGGAAGAUCCGACAAAACCGUUCACGAAUUUGAUGCCAUAUAUCGCUCAAGUCGCUUUGAGACAUAAGCCGGAACUAAUUAUAUUCGGAGGCGAUUAUGAUACAAAUGAUGGUACAGGUGUUCGUGAUUACAUUCAUGUUAUGGAUCUGGCAGCAGGUCAUGUGGCCGCGUUAAAUGCCUUGCAUAAACAACAUCUUAGGCUUAAGAUUUAUAACUUGGGUACCGGCAAUGGCGUAACUGUAUUAGAAUUGAUAAAAACGUUUGAGAAGGUCACCGGCACUACUGUACCUUACGUGAUAAAAGAAAGAAGAGAGGGCGAUAUUAUGUCCAUGUAUGCUAAUACAGAUUUGGCGAAAAAAGAACUGGGAUGGACAGCGAAAUAUAACGUUGAGCAAAUGUGUCAAGACUUUUGGAGGUGGCAAGUGAUGAAUCCACAUGGUUAUCGAACUUCAAUAAAGAAUGAUAUUAUUGAACAUUCGUAACAAUGAACUGUAUCAAAGAACUUGUGCAAAUAAUUUAUAAUAAAGGAUCCAUACAAGUUUUAUCUUAUAA